CUGGCCAGCUCAGACAUUAGUCUCAAUGAAAUUUUGCUCUUUGUCUUUGUUGGGUUCAAUAUAAUAAUAACCAUUACAAUUGUUCUCACCUCUUACACCUACAUCCUGGUCACUAUUUUAAAAGUCGAUUCCACUAAGAGCCGAAGAAAAGCCUUUUCCACCUGCACAUCUCACCUCAUGGUUGUCACCAUUUUCUAUGGCUCUGUUAGCUUCAUGUAUACACGUCCCAGUUCUAGGCAAAAUCACCACCUUGAUAAAAUAGCCUCUGUGUUCUAUAUAGUGGUGACUCCCAUGCUGAACCCUUUGAUCUACAGUCUGAGGAACCAGGAAGUCAGGAGCGCCUUCCGAAAAAUCCUAGGAAGAAAAGCUGCUUUUCA